AAAAUGAAGGCGCUGGUGUCUGCGUGCUGCUUGCUGUCUCUGCUGGCCCUGUCUGCUGCAGAUCUCCUGACAGGAGCCUCCAUCCAUGAUGAGGAGUCUCUGGUGCAUCUGCAGCUCCAGCAGCCAGAGGGAGACCUCUUCUCCUGUGGCUGUGACACAACGGAGGAGCACUCUAGCCAGAGCUCCUCCAAUGACACUCCGGCCCCAGAGAGGGCCAUGUGUCAGCCCUGCUCACCACCGCCAGUUUUAGGCACCAAAGAAGAUGAGCCAACCUCCACUCAAGAGCAUGAAGAGGAGGAGGAGGAAGCAGCUUCCAUCGAGGAGGUGGCAAGUGAUGAGCAGGAAGAGGCAUCUCCUCAGGAAAGGGUAGAAGAGGAAGAGGAAGAGGUGAUGUCUAAGGAAGCAGCUGAGGAAGAGCAACAGGAGGCUGAGUCAUCGGAGGAUCAAAGUGUGGAGCAGGAGAAAGAAGCCGAGGCUGCGUCAUCUGAAGAAGAGGAGGAGAAAACAAUGGAAGGAGAGGAUGAAGCAGAGGAUGAAUUGUCUCAUGAAGGCGCUGAAGUGACAGAACCUCAGGAAGAAGUUGCAAAAGAAGAGGAGGAAGCUGCUGCAGAAGAAACAGAGACACAGGAGGAAACAGAGGCAGCAGCUGAGGAGGAGGAGGAGAAAGGAAUGGAAACUGUUGAUGAAGCCGUGGACGAGGAAGCUGUUGCUGGGGACAAAGUCAAGGAAGAGGACGGAGUGGAGACUGUCCUGGAUGCAGCCGAGGAGGAGAAAGCAGUUGUUGGGGAUGCAGUUGAGGAAGAGGAAGGAGUGGACAGUGUCCUGGAUGAAGUCGUGGAGGAGGAAGCAGUUGCUGGGGAUACAGUUGAGGAAGAGGAAAGAGUGGAAAGUGUCCUGGAAGAAGCCGUGGAGGAGGAAGCAGUUGCUGGGGAUGCAGUUGAGGAAGAGGAAGGAGUAGAAAGCGUCCUGGAUGAGGUUGUGGAGGAAGAAGCUGCUGGAGAUGCAGCCGAGGAGGUCGCAGAGGAAGAAGCUGAACCCCAAGCAGAACCAGAGGAGGUUGUCGCAGCAGAUUCCGUACCUGAGGAAACAGAACCAGAAAUCGCAGCAGAACCCGAGGCUGAACCUGAAGUAACUUCAGACCCUGAGAUCGAGGUGGUUUCAGCGUCUGAACCAGAACCAGAGGUGAUUCCUGAAGUAAAGCCAGAGCCUGUCAUGGAGGAGGUUGCACCAGAACCUGUUGAGGAAGAAGCUGUGGUGGAUGUCCCAGUGGAAUCCACAGAGGAGGAGGCACCUGCUGCUGAAGCUGUUGUUGAGGAGGAGACAGUCACUACCAAAGGAAAAGAAGCAAACGGGGCAACUGGCCGGACGUGGAGGGACCGAUCCCACAUUGAGGACACACUGAAACUGGGCACUAAUGAACCCUCAGCCGAGUUCUCAGCUGCCAUGAAGAAGCUGCUGAACAUCUACCACACGGCCAUCAAGCCAAUGGAGCAGGCCUACAAGUACAACGAGCUCAGGCAGCAUGAAGUCACGGAUGGUGAGAUCCCCUCUAAGCCCAUGGUUUUGUUUUUGGGACCCUGGAGUGUCGGCAAAUCCUCCAUGAUCAACUACCUGCUGGGUCUUCACGGCACCUCCCAGGAACUCUACACAGGCGCUGAGCCCACCACCUCUGAGUACACCGUCAUAACGCAUGGUGAGAAGUUUCGGUCCGUAGAGGGCAUCGUGAUGGCAGCGGACAGCUCACGGUCCUUCUCGCCCCUGGAGAGGUUCGGGCAAGGCUUCCUGGAGCGGCUGGUGGGCGUCGAGAUGCCCCACAAGCUGCUGGAGCGGGUCACCUUCGUGGACACACCCGGCAUCAUUGAGAACCGAAAGCAGCAGGAAAGAGGUUACCCUUACAACGAGGUGUGCCAGUGGUUCAUCGAUCGCGCUGAUCUGAUCUUCCUGGUGUUCGACCCCACCAAGCUGGACGUGGGCGGAGAGCUGGAGACGCUUUUCAAGCUGAUGAAGGGCCGCGAGUCCCAGAUCCGUCUCAUCCUCAACAAGGCCGACAGCCUCUCCACCCAGGACCUGAUGCGGGUCUACGGGGCCCUAUUCUGGAGCAUGGCACCUUUAAUCAACGUCACAGAGCCCCCUCGGGUUUAUGUCAGCUCCUUCUGGCCCCAGGACUACUCUGCCGACACCAACAGAGAGCUCUUCAUGAGGGAGGAGAUCUCUCUGCUGGAGGACCUCAAUCAGGUGAUCGAGAACCAGAUGGAGAACAAGAUCGCUUUCAUCCGCCAGCAUGGCAUCCGUGUGCGCAUCCAUGCCCUGCUGGUGGACCGCUACCUCCAGACCUACUACGACAAGCUGGGCUGGUUUAGUGACCCCUUCGAGGUGUUCCAAGACAUUGUCAAUGACCCCGACAAGUACUACAUCUUCAAGUCCAUUCUGGCCAAGACCAAUGUCAGCAAGUUCGACCUUCCAGACAAAAACGCCUACCAGGACUUCUUUGGUGUGAACCCCAUCUCCGGCUUCAAGCAGCUCUCCCACCACUGCAGCUGGUCCAGCGGCUGUCUGCUGGAGAAGAUCGAGAGGGCCAUCUCGAACGAGCUGCCUGCCCUGCUCAGCAGCGUCGGCAAGACCGCAGGCACGACCGCCCCAGCGAAGGCUGCACCAGCAGCACCGCCGCCUCUCCCUGGCACCUGCGAAGGUGCCGGGUGUGAAGAGAAACCCAAGAACCGCUGGAGGAGGCAGUGAGAUGGAGGGGAAGGGUGCAAGAGGAGGAACAGAGGAGGCAGAUGGCGGCGGGAGGAGCAGCAGCCAGAGGGUUUCCUGAAGUAAUCCCCACUGCUGUGAUGUUCAGGACUGGAUGUGAGGAGACUGAGCAGAGAAUGAGAGAGAAAGGGAGUAGAAAAUGUGAAAAGAUAUAAAGCACCAAACAGUUCUGAAGUCAGAAAGUAUUUAAAAAUACUUGCUAGUGUUUGUUUUUAUCUGUACGUGUCGUAUGGAGGGGUUUUACCAAACUAUGACAGAAAAUAUAGCCAAUAAAUAUUCAAAUACUUUUUUAUGACUGUAUAGCAACUCUCUGCUACUCUCUAUGAAAGUGUUUGCGUUGAGUUUUUUCAGUUUGAAGGAAUUAGGCAUGUAGUCAACUUUCUGAAUCCAUUGCAGUCUGCAAGGCAGGAAGGUGUGCAGAGGUUUUCUUUUCUUUUCUCCAUCCCUUUUUUCUCAAACAGAGAAAAAAUAAAAAGCCUUUAUUUCUACAUAGCUGCUUGUGAUACAGUAUUUUUGUGAAAUCUGAGAUUGUUGUUUUCUUGUGCUGUUGAAAGCCGUUGUUUUCUUAUUCCUCACUGUUUUCAAGUUUGUACAUUAUGUAUUCAAGUGUCUUUCUUCAGAGAAAUAGUGCCACUCCAUCCUGGUGUGGCACUAUUUUGUUUGGAAAGUCUGAAGAUGGUUUGUCAAAUCUGCUGUGCUGUGUAUUUACAGUUAAACCAGUGUGGGGCAUUGUCAUGUCAGGGCACACACUGUAUUUCCUCAUUAGUGGGACAAUAAAAUAGACAGAAGGGUUCUCUGUGUUUUAUUUAACCAUGAUUAUUUACUAACUAAAAACUACAGUAACUAUUCAAAGUUUAUUAUAGAAACACAUUUUUUAUUUGUUAAUUCUCAGUACUGCAUUGGGACAGAAGUGAUUACAUUCAAUAUUGGUGGGAUUGUUGCACAAGCAUGAUAUAUAAUGCCACACUAUAUCCCACUUCUACACAGUUUUAUUGCAGUUCAUGUCCUUUUGUAUAUUUGUGUCCCUUUCAGUCCUCUGACCUGUAGAUGGAUUUACCCCGACAUGGCUGCAUACUUCUUGAGUAUUUCCUUGGAAACUGCAGUUCUUUUUUCCUUUGGUCUGGUUAAUUGUCAUUCUUUUGAAUAAUAAACAAUCUGCAAACGUG